AAAAAGGGCGCGGAAAUAUGACCCGUCACAAGGAGGAAGACGUUGUUUACUUAUUUAUUUCCAAAGGAAGAACCAUGGAGCAUUACAGCGAUGAUGAAGAAGCGUCUGAAGUUAAUUUUGGAGAAGAAAAAGUGGGAUUUCAACAGGUUAUGGCAGUUGCGGGUGAAUGGAUUUCUGACUUCCUGUUUUUGACUCUGUGUCGGACUUUCAAAGACGGAAAACUUGAAGAGUUCAACGAGGCGUUGUCAGUAUUUGAAACCAUCUCUCAAAGUCCAUCCCUCAAAGGAGCUGCUGGUAAUGAAAAAACCUUGAUUUGUGCUUUUCUUUCAAGGGUCAUCCAUGGAAAACAGCUGGAUGUCCAGUUUGAAGAAGAUGAACACGUAAAGCCUCUGAUGUCUGCUUUUAAAAUAUGGCUGAACUUGGAAAACACAGUGGCCGAUGAAAGUUUAUUUGAGAAUAUCACCAUUCUUUUGCUCGUCCAGAGUGUUGCUGUCUGCUUGGAGGCUGGGCAAAGAUCUGCUGCUUCUUCUGCCCUCAAGUGGCUGCAGGAGCAUCAUGAAUUGCCUCAGAACUUGAGGGUGAAGCUGUCGACCGUGGUGGCACAGAGGGACCCUUACCACCCGUUCCUCAUGAGCUUCAGCUUCAGCCGCUUGAAAGAGACGACCCAGUCUUUCUUGGAUGCUUAUUUGAAGAGGAAUCCAUCUGAUUUUCUUCUGAAGGCCGCUACAAAGAUGGUUCAGUCAUCAAGAAACCUCCAAGGUUUAGAGGAUGUGGACUCACAAGAUGGCUCUCAUUCAGAAACAGAAGAUUCUGCGCAGGAAAACAAAAAGUUGAAGCAAAAACUGCUUCCCACGAAAAAAAACGCUGUAAGGAAACCCAAUCCGAUCAAAAAGCCUGCGACAGAAUUCUCCAAAUCUGAAUCCUCUCGGAAACGACAACUGCUUCCGACUAAAAUUGAAGAAUGGAGCCCCGAUAUCGUCAAAAAACCUCAAGUUUCUUUGACUCGACUCUCCAAAACUGAAAUAUGUCAGAUGAAAACCACAAAGUCCCUGAAACCCUGCAACAUGGUAAAAACCAGAAAACCCCCUCAGAAAUGGACACCCCAGCUAGACAAGUUUCUAACAGAGGGUGUUAAACGUCACGGCCGGGGGAAUUGGUCACACAUCCUGAUGGAUUAUGAUUUUGAAGGGCGCACUGGGACCAUGCUAAAAGACCGCUGGAGAGUCUUGUUGAAGGCACAUAAAGUCAGCUGAAGACACCCCCCCCCCCCCCGUUCCUUCCCACCUGCCAGUUGUAGCAUUUAUUCUGAAAAUGACAUGAAAUUUGUUGUAGGAUUUAAUUAUUUCAUUUUACUUUGAUUUUUUUGUUUGUGUAAAUAGAAAGAUAUUAAUUUUUUAAUGUAUUUUACCGAGUGGGUAAACGUAAAGUUGUCUUGCACUCGUCUCUAAAGACCGUUGCUUUGCCAUGAUGCCACCAGAGGGCGCUCCAAACAACUUAUUGUGGAAGUUGCCAUCAUACAUGAACAUGUUUAAUACAAAUAAUUGUAAGUUUUUUCUUGCAAAAGAAAUAAAAUUUACAAAAGCA